CCGGCGCACUUGCAGCCCGGCGGGCACCAGGAGGCGGAGGCGGGACGGUCAGGGGUCCUAGCGCGCAGGACAGCGGCCCUGGGGCCAAAGUUUGCGGGCAGCCCCGGCAGGCCAACCGGGUCCCACGUGCCGCUUGCGGCACCCUCUCGCAUCCUCACCCCGGCAUCGCUGCGCUGGGAGACAGAGCUGCGGCCCGGCUAGCUCCUAGGCGGGGACGCCGCGACGGGAACUUAAGGCCCAAGAGGGAUGUGAAGCCCCAAAAUGACCCUGUUACCGGGAGACAACUCGGACUAUGACUACAGCGCUCUAAGUUGCGCCUCAGACACCUCCUUCCACCCGGCCUUCUUCCCACAGCGCCAGGCCAUCAAGGGCGUCUUCUACCGCAGGGCCCAAAGAUUGCGGCCGCAGGACGACCUGCACCAGAGCUGCUCCCUUGGGGACCGCAGGCGACAGAUCAUCAUCAACGUUGGUGGCAUUAAGUACUCACUACCUUGGACCACCCUGGAUGAGUUCCCACUGACCCGGCUGGGCCAGCUCAAGGCCUGCACCAACUUCGACGACAUCCUGAGCGUAUGUGAUGACUAUGACGUAACCUGCAACGAGUUCUUCUUCGACCGCAACCCGGGGGCUUUUGGCACCAUCCUCACCUUCCUGCGGGCCGGCAAGCUGAGGCUGCUUCGGGAAAUGUGCGCCCUGUCCUUCCAGGAGGAGCUGCUGUACUGGGGCAUCGCGGAGGACCACCUGGACGGCUGCUGCAAGCGCCGGUACCUGCAGAAAAUCGAGGAGUUUGCGGAGAUGAUGGAGCGCGAGGAUGAGGAGGAGCCGCUGGACAGCGAGGAUCAAGAAAGUGAGGGUCCGUCUGCCAGCGAGGGCCGCCUGAGCCGCUGCAUGAGGAGGCUGCGUGACAUGGUAGAGCGGCCACACUCAGGGCUGCCUGGCAAGGUGUUUGCCUGCCUGUCCGUUCUGUUUGUCACCGUCACCGCCGUCAACCUGUCUGUCAGCACCCUGCCCAGCCUGCGUGAGGAGGAGGAACAGGGCCAGUGUUCCCAGAUGUGUCACAACGUCUUCAUCGUCGAGUCGGUGUGCGUGGGCUGGUUCUCCCUAGAGUUCCUGCUGCGCUUCAUCCAGGCACCCAGCAAGUUCGCCUUCCUGCGGAGUCCGCUGACCCUCAUCGACCUGGUGGCCAUCCUGCCUUACUACGUCACACUGCUGGUGGAUGGCGCUGCCUCCAGCCGCCGCAAGCCGAGCACUGGCAACAGCUACCUGGACAAGGUUGGGCUGGUGCUGCGCGUGCUGCGGGCUCUGCGCAUCCUCUACGUGAUGCGUCUGGCCCGGCAUUCACUGGGGCUGCAGACACUGGGCCUCACGGCACGGCGCUGCACGCGUGAAUUCGGGCUUCUGCUGCUUUUCCUGUGUGUGGCCAUCGCCCUCUUUGCCCCACUGCUCUACGUCAUCGAGAAUGAAAUGGCUGACAGCCCCGAAUUCACCAGCAUCCCCGCCUGCUACUGGUGGGCUGUCAUCACCAUGACAACCGUAGGCUACGGAGACAUGGUACCCCGGAGCACACCGGGCCAGGUGGUGGCUCUGAGCAGCAUCCUCAGUGGCAUCCUCCUCAUGGCCUUCCCUGUCACCUCCAUCUUCCAUACUUUCUCCCGCUCUUACCUGGAGCUCAAGCAGGAACAAGAACGGGUGCUGAUCCGCCGGGCUCAGUACCUCAUCAAAACCAAGUCACAGCUCAGCGGCAUGUCCCAGGACAGUGACAUCUUGUUUGGAAGUGCCUCUUCAGACACUAGGGACAACAACUGAGGUGAGAAGACACCCCUGCCCUGCCUGCCAGCUGCGGCUUCAUGCAACCACCACCACUGGAGCCUGGAAAAGGACUUAGUACUUUCAAGGCCAGCCCUGGCCCGGGACUGACCUGAGCGAGCCACAGCGCGGAAAGGAUAUGUGCCACAUUACAGAGUCCCUGUCCUCCCUCUAAGCCCAGAAGUAACAGGGAAGCUAGCUGGAGCCAGUGCCUCACCCACCCCGGGGCCUCACAGCCAGAUUUUCUCCCGAAGAAGCCGAUUGGCCCAGUCCUACCAUGUAAACAACAUUCCCGGCAAAACCUGCAUACGCUGGGGCACUGCCUGGAGGAAAACAGACAACGGGUAGCCACACGUGACUUUAGUGUGUCCACCGAAGGAAGAAAGAGAAUGCCGUUGGGACUUUCAAGGAAGGAACUGUCUCUGUCUCUUAGUGAAAGGACCACAUUGCUGUUGCCGGGGUCUCUGGGCUGGUGGGACACUGGCAGAAUGGGAGAGAAGCAGACAGACAGACCUUUAGGGGGCUCACCAGGGAUGCUGUUAAGGCUCCUCCCUCCUGACUCCUGAGUUCCUCCUUCAUCCUUCUUCCUGUUCACCCUCCCCACAUCCUCCUUCCGGUCUGGAGGGCUCUCUGUCAGACUCUACUCAUCUCAGUGCUGCGGGUGGGUAGGGCAACAACAAGCGGGUCAUCUCUGCUGACUUCAAAGGUGAAAUCGCUUCAUUCUGUGGUUUAAAAUUAGUGAGAUUUUAGCCUACUCCAAUUUAUCUUAAUAGUACCAAAAACAGGAGGGGACUUUAUACCCCUUACCUGAGCCUCAGUCUAAACCCACAAUGGACGGGUGCUUCUGGCAGGAGUGGUGGUCCCCAGGAAGUCUGGGGAGUGUGAGGGAACCUUCUUAAAAGAAGCCAUUCAUUCCCUGGCCUCAAGAAACAUAGUUUGUGCACCAAGAGGGACCCCAGGCCAACCUAGAAGAUUCCAUCUCAGCCUGAGUCCUGGGCCCCAGGCAUUAAGGAGACAUUGCAUACACACAUAUUCAUGCACAGAUGUGUGGCAUAUGCACAUGCACACACACAUGCGUACAUACACACAUACAUGCCUGUGCGCAGCCUCACCGGUGCAACAGCUUUGCCCACUGCUUCCUCCCACACCCCAGCUGCCUUCUCUGUCCAGCAGCAGGAAUUGGGCUUUGAGACAUGUCUAAGCCUGAUUGCCGGCUGCACAGCCCAAACCCCUGCCCGCUGCCAGUCUUCAGCAUCUCUCGUACUUCCACACCUGUUCAGACCUCCCACCAGCCCCUCCAACCUCCCUUCAGACACACCCAGCCUACCCCGCCUCAUUGUGGGCCUUCACACCUGCAGAGCUGUCUGUCCGAUGGGCCGCCCUCCCUGCAGAACACUGCCUGGCUGAAGGGUUAGAGUGUUCUUUUCACUGCCUCACUGUCCUGAGCACCCAGACCUGCAGCUUCACGGGUUUCUUCAUUCCCUGCUGAGCUGUCACCCAGUGAAAGUGCUCUUGCCAUUCAUUUCUCAGCUCCAGAGCUCUGCUCUGUCUCCUGCAGGACCAGCCCUGUAUUCUGGCAGGAACUCCAAAGCGGUUCCCUGCUGCCUCCCAGCACCUAGGUCAGCAUCAGCACCGAACAGGGGUUCAGGAAACACUUAUUUAAAAGUGGAAAAAAGGGGAAAUAAAAAAAAGGAACAAAGAUGGAAAACAUGCCCAUUACAGCUUAGAUCCAAAUGUCCUCACCUGUCUAGAGCCAUACCACCCCAAAUGUGCCUGAUCUCAUCUGAAAUGUCACCCAGAAAGAAGCUCACCUGUCAAGGACUUGGUUCCCAUGCAGCAGUGUUCAGAGGUGGGACCUCUGGUAAUGGGACCACAAGGGCCCUGACCCCAUCAAUGGAUCAAUCCAUGAUAAACUCACAGCUUCAAUGGCCUCUGGAAACAGGAACAUAAAGGGAGUGGGACCGUGUUAGAGGAAGUCUAUUAUCAGGGACAUGCCCUGGAAGGGUGUGUUGCCACAAAUAACUUCCUCUUUCUUCCUCUCUGCUUCCUGGCUGAAGGAGGGGGGGGGAGCAGUUGAGUUCCAGCAUGCUGGCCCACCUGGGAGGCUGCACCUUGAAGCGGGCCAGAAGCGAUAGAGCCAGGUGACCAUGGUGAAACCAGAAACCAAAAUAAACCUU